AUGACUAUUUCAGACAUCUCCACGUCAGCUGAGUUGCUGACAAGGUUCUCAUACCAGAGCAGCAGCCAAGGGGACCAUGGCAGCCUUGGGAGGACGGUGCAUGAGAAAAUGUCAUUUGGAUCAUUUCCACAGGCAAAUCUGACGGGCCUCAACAUUUGGAAGGACAUGGCAAAUGGGACAAGUGUGGAAGAAUUCAUCCUUCUUGGCUUCCCAGGCACAUGGCAAUUCCGAGUCUCCUUUGUGGUGGUAUUUGCACUGAUGUACACCCUGACAGUAAUAGGCAAUGCAUCCAUUAUAGCCCUUGUGUGGAGAAGCAGCAACCUACACACCCCAAUGUAUUUUUUCCUCUGUAAUCUCUCCUUUCUGGAGAUCUGGUACACUACUGGUGUUGUUCCCAAAGCCAUAGGAGUUAUGCUGGGGACUAGCCAGACCAUCUCCUUCAGUGUCUGCAUCCUCCAGUUAUUCUUUCUUCUCUCUCUAGGCUCCACUGAGUGUUUUCUGCUGUCUGUCAUGGCCUAUGACCGCUACUUAGCCAUAUGCUACCCCCUGAGGUACUGCUCCCUCAUGAGCAGUGUCCUCUCUGUUCGGCUGGCACUCAGCUCCUGGCUGGGAGGCUUUUUGGCCAUUUCCCUGCUGGCCUUUCUGACAUCCAGGCUGACUUUCUGUGGGCCAGAUGUCAUCAAUCAUUUUCUAUGUGAUAUAGAUUCCUGCCUUGCCCUUUCCUGCAGUGAUACACGGCCUGUGGAGCUGGCAACCUUCCUCAUCUCCCUAAUUGUUGUGGUGGCCUCCUGUGUGGUCACCCUGGUCUCCUACAUGUACAUAAUUUCUUCCAUCCUGCGGAUCCAGUCAGCCCAUGGCCGGAGAAAGGCCUUUUCCACCUGCUCUGCCCAUCUCAGUGUUGUCACAAUCUGGUAUGGCUCCACCAUGUUCCUGUAUGUCAAGCCAUCAGCCCAGAACUCCCUGGAUCUGAACAAAAUUGUGAAUACCUUUAACACAGUGGUAACUCCUUUGUUGAACCCCUUCAUUUACACACUCAGAAACAAAGAGGUGAAGCUCGCUCUGGGACGGGCUUUCUGGAAAAAAUGA